GGCAGCGACGUGGAGGUGGGUUUGGCUGCGCUGGGUGUUGGUGGUGGAUACCGGGCCUGAGCGGAAAGCCAAGUCAGUCGGAGGAGUCGGUCGUUGGGAGAGGAAGCUGCGUUCGGCCCGGCCUCAGGCCCAGCGGCUCCGGCCAUGGAGUCCUACGACAUCAUCGCCAACCAGCCCGUCGUCAUUGACAACGGUUCAGGAGUGGUUAAGGCUGGCUUUGCUGGAGACCAGAUCCCAAAAUACUGCUUCCCAAACUAUGUGGGCCGUCCAAAGCAUGUGCGGGUUAUGGCUGGUGCUCUUGAAGGAGAUCUCUUUAUUGGUCCUAAAGCAGAGGUACCGUCUAUGCUGCCAUGUGAUGUGGGAGCUAAUUUGCUCCUUUGGGGGGUAUAUUUUUGCAGCAUGUGGCCCAGGCAUCUAGAGG